CAGCAAGCAGACCCCGGGAAGAUGUUCCCGGAGCUGAAGGACAACUUUCUGGACAAUGUGAAGAGACUGAGAAACACCAUGGCUCACGCAGACCUGAAGUCCAUGGAAUCCUGGAUGUACAACUGGCUGCUGUUUGAGAUGGCCAAGAACCCCAAGUCGGAGGAGAACAAGGCAAUCCCGGCAACUAAAGUGCAAACUAAGUGCCAGGCCGAGGCCAAUUUUGGGGGUGUCCAUCCAGGCCGGUUCCACCCACAGUGCGAUGAGAACGGUGACUACCUGCCCAAGCAGUGCCAUUUCUCCACUGGCUUCUGCUGGUGCUGCUACAAAAAUGGCACCAAGAUUGAGGGCACUGCUACUCGGGGAAAGCUGGACUGCUCUGGGGCUGCUGCUCCUACCAGUGCCGCUGCCACCCCGGAUCCGGACGAGAUGAUCUUCUCCGGGGUGGACACGCUCAAGCUGAACGUGGAAAAACCAGAGUAGAAGAUGCCAGCAGUUGCCUCCAGCAUCCCAGCUCCUGUCUGUUUUUUUCCCCCGUUUCUUUUCUGCGCUUACAUCGCUGACCUUUCCCCGGCUGUAGAACAGCAGCUGGGGCUGAGCUGCCACGACUCUGAGUGCUAGAGACAAAGUGUCCCCUCCGAGGGUGGGUAAAGCAGGCUGGAAAAUUAUUUCAACCAUGUCAGAUCCAUAAAUCCUGUUCCCUUUGGCUCAUCGACAUCCCACAGCACCUAGGCAGUGGCAGAGCUCACCCCUGCUGAAGAAUUAAUGCUUCCUUGCACUAAAUGAACAUUAAAAGCAGCAAAACAAUAUCCACCAGCUUCUUAACUGAUCCCCGUAGGCUGGAGCCCUGUUAGAUUACUGGAGUAGAGGGUUUUUAUUGUGGGGUGCUCAGAUUUGUAGACAGAGAUCUUCGCCUACAGCCGCAGCAGUGGGUAACCGUGGGCAGAGGGGCUUCUAAUCUUCCUGAAUAUAUCUGAUUGUUCCUUUAUAAAUGAGCUCAAAAGCUAAUUAUUUCAAAUAAACUUUUGAAUAAGAAAGCCCUGUAAGCAACUCUAGCAGGGCUGUGCUUGCAGUUUGCAGCUGUUGUAGGUUAAAAAUAAAUGCAUCUUAAUAAAAAAAGGGAUAAAGAAAAA